AUGCAGGGGCCAGCUCCUACACGUACAGAACAAGUCACAACAAGGAUAACACCACGCCUACCUAUCGGCCAAUCAACAGUGCAGUUCAUACCUGCCGGUAAAAGCCUGACCCAAUUCACACCCUGUAAUGCCGGGAAUUUUACAUGUACCACACAGUGGCUAGGAUACGCGGCUCUCACCCGCGAGGCCCGGGUUCGAUUCCCGGCACGGGAAAAGUGUCAAUCACAGUUUUUCAAUCCACCACAGAGUGCCACACUAAAGUUGGCAACACGAUACCUGCCUUGCCCCUGUCCCAGAAAACUUCCUGACCCACCAAUACCCCUCCCCACCAAUACCCCAUACACAACCCUCCUCCAAACCCCCUCUCGAUCCUGCAUUGGCCCGUCACCCUACCCUGACUCCCCAUUGCUCCGUCCCCCCCCUUACCAAUACCCCCCUCCCGACCCCUCCACUGCCACGUCCCACGCACUGAAGCCAAAUUCACAGAGCCCACGCCUCCCAGCUGAGCGUCGGUACAUCAACAUAAAUACUGCCAUUAUCGCCUUUUUCACCUGCAAAUCACGCCGGAAAACGACCCUGGAGACUAACGCGCUCAGGUGUGGUGCUGGGGCGGGAACACACCUGGAGGGGCAGCAGGUGGGGCCCUAUACACCUGAGUCGCCUAAUUGGGACCUCCGCCAAGCGCGUCCCGAGGGUGGAGGCGCGCGGCAGGUGGUUCUGCGAAGGUGUAAUUGUCUGGUCCAUGCUCCGGGACGGCCACGCUCCUCCUCGGCCCCUAGAAAGAACCAGAGAGAAUCGCCAACUUCGACAGUAUUAAACUUUGCAACGCUUCAACUCCCAACCCUAAAUUACGUUCCUCUUAAGCUUCCCGACCUCGGCUUAGCACACCCCCUCCCUAAGCCACCCACCCAAUCUCCUCCCUCACCUCCCCCCACGCCUGAUCCUCCCAAUACGCGGAUUCCUCGAAGCGCGUAG